AUGACGGCUUCAUGCAGGGCUACAUUGACAAAGGCAGCUGCUCAGCGCUGUGUCAUGGCUGUGAGUGGGGACAGUUGCUCAGCCCAUCCGCCCUUGGACCAUUUUAAGGUACUGAACCUUUCGCCGGUCGCUUCUCUCUCUGAGAUCACCGAAGCAUACCACCAGCAAGCUCUCAGGUGGCUACCCGAGUAUGACCUGGAGGAGCCUGAGGUAGCCGAGAAGACUUUCGAGGAGGUUCUUGGGGCAUACCAGAUGAUUGCGAGGCAGCUCAAGGAUCGUCCUGUGGACGAGUGA